AUGCAAAUCGAGUUCUCGAAAAGCAGAGGCGGCGUGGUCGUGGAUCAGGAUCAGAAUCAAGAUCAGGAUCUUAAUCGUGGGUUGCGCGGCAGGAGGGGCGAGUCCAAGGUCGGUUCGGUCGGUAUGGAUGGAAUGCAAGGUGGGAAGCAGUGGGAGGGAAUGUGGUGGAUGGGCGUACGAAGUGUCUAG